CUCAUUCGGGUAUGAAAUACACGUACGAAUUAACAAAUACUAAUGUCAACACACCGUGGUGAUAUUCUUUGUGUUUGAGUAAUUGCACAAAUUAAGAUACACUGGUUUUCCAAGAUUACAUCUGACAGCUCUACCUAUCUAGGCCGACUAGGGUUCAUCAGCCGAUCGUAAGCUGAUCAUAGGAUGUGAUAUAUUAUCCGACAGUGCAGGUUAUUGUUUUUUCUGUCAGGCAAGAGUGAAGACCAAAGAACUCAGAUUUAUUCCGACGAAAACACUGAACACUGAGAAAGAAUGGACAUAGUUCUGAAUUACGCAGACCAGUUCGUCCUGACUCCGUAUGUGUACCCCGCCACCUGGGCAGAGGAUGACCCCGUUCGCCAGAUACUCAGUCUCUUACUAAUCACCAACAUCGGGGGAUAUAUCUUGUAUUUCAUGACGGCCACACUCAGCUACCUGACUAUAUUCGAUUCAAGGUUGAUGAAGCACCCUUUAUUUCUCCAGGACCAGGUGAAGUUGGAGAUACUGUACACCAUUAAGUCAGUCCCCCUCAUGUCCCUGCCGACCGUAGCUUUGUUCUUUGUAGAGGUCAGAGGUUAUAGUAAGCUGUAUGACACAGUCCCGAAUUCUUUGGUUGGCUGGUGUAACAUCCUGUUCAGCAUUGUGAGCUUCAUCGUGUUCACCGAUGCCUGUAUUUAUUGGAUCCACCGAUUCCUUCACCACAAACUUAUCUACAAAUACAUCCACAAAGACCAUCACAAAUGGAAGGUUCCCACCCCGUUUGCCUCACAUGCGUUUCACCCCCUGGAUGGAUUUCUCCAGAGUUGUCCAUAUCAUAUCUACCCUUUCCUGUUUCCACUACACAAAUGGACAUAUCUAGGCCUGUUUGUGUUUGUCAACAUUUGGACUGUAUCUAUUCAUGAUGGUGAUUAUCGAGUGCCAGGCCUGCUAAAGCCUUUCAUCAAUGGCUCCGCCCACCAUACAGAUCACCACCUGUUUUAUAAUUACAAUUACGGACAGUUCUUUACUCUCUGGGACAGGAUUGGGGGCUCCUUCAGAAAUCCAAGCUCAUUUGAGGGCUGUGGUCCAGUACAAGACAUAAUAAAGAAAGAGAGCUCUAAUGGAAUUGCAACAAAUGGAGAGAGAAGGAAGAAAGAAAAAUGAUGAGCUUGAAUGAGAUAUUGGCUGGAGAGAAGAAGAAGAGAUAUAUAAUAACAAUAUAUGGUCACACAGAAUUAUUUAUUGGUUUCUAUUUGUUGAAAUGAGGAAAUUUUUGUUUAUCAUAUUGAUUUCCAACUUUAUUGUAUGUAUAGCCUACAGGGUAUAAAACCAGAAAUUUUUAUUUGUAUUUGUGUCACCAUUUUUAAACUUUGUAUCAAAUAUAUGUCACCUGUACUUAUAUAGGGGAAGUUAUGUCUAACCAGAGCACGUUUGUAAUUGUUUUAAGGAUGAAUGACAAUGAGAAGUUUGAUAUGGAUGGAAAGUUGGGGGGGGGGGGGUUAUGUACAAUAUUUUGAAAUUUAAAAGUUUCACAUAUACCUUAUUUAGUGAAAUAGAUAGCCGAGGCAUAGAUAGAUUACAAAACUGAAACAUUGUUAUCAUGAUGAUAAUGUGCCAUAUGUAUGUAAACAAUCUGAAAUAUCCUCAUUUCAUAUUCAAGGUUUUUAUGAUGUUUUAUAAUGUAUUCUAUAAAAGAUGACGACAGAACUUCUUAAGGAGGAACAACACACCAGACAAAUCUAAUAUGGAUGAAAAGUGUAGAAUGUGUACAAUAAUAUUUUGACAUUUUCUGUUGAAUUAUUUUUUCAUCUUCUUGAUAUGAAGAGUUCUUGUGUGAUUUCCAAAUCAGGUUUAAAUUUUAUAUUAUAGUAAUAUUACCUUUCUUUGUAUAUCGGCCUGGGUAGUGCAGUGGUUAGGUCCUUAAUUAGUUGUGCAAGAAUACCAGGUUCGAUACCUGAUUGUUUCAGACGUUUUUCUUUCCGCUUUGCUACAGUAAUGCCCAUUUUACAACUUAUUGUAAUACAUUAGAGCUGACUUUACAUAUUUAAUUACAAGCAACCAGGAACUAUCAAAAUAUGAUAACUCUAAAACAAACAUGGUAGUAUACCCCAGGAUUUUUUGUAGAACGAGAUAGAAUGCACGUUAAUUGUACAAUGUAUGUGAAAUGUCACAAAAAAUUACAUAUUGAGAAAUGUCACAUAUGUCCUUAAUGAAGCAAGAAACUGAAACUUGUUUAUGGGCGAAACUGUAAUUGUAUACAGUAUAUAUAUAUAUAUAUUGUAUCGUUGUCCACUUUUAAAAUUUCUAUUUAGAAUUUAUUAUUAAUUAGGAGAGAAAUAUGUAAUGUUGUAAACGGAAAGUUUGUUAAUUUAAGAGAAGUUUGAAGCAUUUGGGUUUUCCAACCAUGUUCGAGAGAAAUCUGCAUGUAUGUUGUGAAUUAUGUUUAAUUUCCUUUCACGUUGUUAUUAAGCGUUUUCAAUGAAAUGUCCUUUCUUGUUAUAAACAAAACAAGUCAUCUAGGUGUAACUCAGAAACUCUAUAAACAAUGGGUAUAUAUAUGUGAUAUUGACACAAUCAAGGUGUAGUUACAUUUUUUUUCCCUCGAUUUCUUGCACAUAUUUAUUAUUAAAGAUGCAGUAUUUUAAAAAUCUUAAUGAUUUUAUAUAGUAGAGUUUUUUCAAAAUAUUUUUACAUAUUUUGUAUAUAUAUUUUAAUUGUAUUAGGAGUGUGCAUACCUAUUUUUAUGAAAUGGACACACUAAGUACUUAGAUAUUUCAAAGAAACAUUAUGUGGCUCAACAGUAGUAUACGAACAAAUAGUUCUUUUCUCAAAUUUUAUCUUUUAAAUUAUUGCGCAAUAUCUUCUUUUUUUAUUGCUGGUUGGUUCAGUGAGGGAAAGGUUGACAGUUGACAGGUCAACAGUUGACACUUGUCCUGGUAUCUGUCCUAUCUUUGAUAAACUAUGAUAGGUGUGAUGUGAUAUUUCACUUUUGUUGUAAUUAUUAUGUGAGUAAUGUUUUUCCCUAUCGCUAUUUACAUGUAAUUACUCGUAUAUUUUUCAUCAAUUAAUUUUGAAACAUAGUAUUUGCCUAGAUGCAAUGUUUUUUCCACAUAAAUUUCCACAGUGCAAUGCUUCCGGAUGGAAUAGUGAAAUACUCGGAAAGCUAAGCAAUGAUUUUAUACUGAAUAUUUCGUGUUUGUUUGAACUAAUUCACUGACACCCAGUAUAUUUUACGUUCAGUACUCAUCUGUUCAGGGUACCCACCUGAAGAUAUUGUUUGUUUUACAAUAUUACAGCAACAAUGCUUUCAAUAUAGUUUUAUGAUUUUGAAUAUUUUCUUUGGCGUUAAUCAAACAUUUCUUUUUCAAGUCAUCAUCAGUCACACAUAUCAAACACACAUGUACAUGUAAUUACUUUGUGGUUUUUUUUAAAAGAAAAAUGCUAUUCUCGCGUGAUUAUUUGGUAUGAUGAUGUAUAAAUUUUACCUGUAUAUACAGUUGAACUUCGCUCUCUCGAACACUAAUAUCUCAAAUACCAUGGUUAUGUCGAGGUGAUUUGGAAGUCCCAACCACUUGCAGUAUUCUUUAAGUAUUUUACCCACGAUAUCUUGAAUCUUGGAUAUCUCGAAGUUUCUUCUUGGUCCCAUCGAGUUCGAAAUAAUGAGGUUUGACUGUAUUUACAUUUCCAAUGUUUUUGCCUUUGACAUUUUUUACAAAUUGUAGUGAUAGCCAUCUCCUCAUGAAUUUGCUGCAGUUGUAAACAAUGCAUGUUUGAAUCUUGAUGAAAUAUAGAACUUCGAUUUUAUCAACUGGGAAUCCGACGGGAAUGUAUUAGAAUGUAAAUAUAAGAAAUAUAUAUCAUUUUGAAAACACAUGAGGGUAUGAACUGCAACGCUUAAUGAAUGCAAAUAUUUCAUGAAGCGCUAAUGAAAUUUAUUUUUUGAAUGUGAAUAUUAUUUACUUCUUUCACAUAAUGACUUUAUCUUAUCAAUGCAUAAUAAUGCUGAUUAUGUAUAGAGAUAAUGGAUGUUUUCUUCAGGUGAUAUAAUCAGGUUUAAUGCCAUAUGCCUUUGUUUUCUGAAUAUGAUGACUCACUGUUUGAAUGUCGUCUAAUUCCAAUUGUUCUUGUUUUGGAAUUGACAGAGUAUAAAGUUUAUGAUAAUUCUUCAUUGAAGUGAUAGCUAUCUUUGUUGUGAUCUUCAUUUUCUCCUCUGUGAUAAAUAAAUGAUUUCUUAUACAA